CACCAUGAAGAGGAACAGAAUCAAGUCAGUCAGCGAGUGCUGCAUCAUAGGGCGUCGGAGUCGUCACAAUCCAACCACAUUUGAGCGUCCGGUCGAAAUCAAUACCAGGGAGACCCGAACGAAGCAACUCAAUCAACAAGGCCAAUGGUGGAUCGCAAUCGACGCAAACAAAUGGCGUAUCGGAAAGGGUUCAGCACCAGGAUGAGCAGCGUGCAGUAUCUUAAUAUUUAAUUAUAAUUAGUUAAUAAACU